AAGGUUCUAUAAAAACUAAAUGUCACUCGACUGACUUUGCCACACGUUUUCGUGCGUGUGUGUGUGGAUCAGAUCGGUGGAAGAUGUCGGACGAGGAGCACCACUUUGAGUCAAGCGACGCUGGAGCUUCAAAGACCUAUCCCCAGCAAGCUGGUAACAUCCGUAAGGGUGGUCACAUCGUCAUCAAGGGCCGUCCCUGCAAGGUGGUUGAGGUUUCGACUUCCAAGACUGGAAAGCACGGUCACGCCAAGUGUCACUUUGUUGCUAUCGAUAUCUUCACUUCUAAGAAGCUCGAAGAUAUUGUUCCUUCUUCCCACAACUGUGAUGUUCCACAUGUGAACCGUACUGACUAUCAGUUGAUUGAUAUCUCUGAAGAUGGCUUUGUCAGCCUUCUUACUGACAAUGGUAGCACUAAGGAUGAUCUCAAGCUCCCAACUGAUGAAACUCUCCUCACACAGCUCAAGUCUGGAUUUGAAGAGGGAAAGGAUAUAGUUGUGUCUGUCAUGUCUGCAAUGGGAGAGGAGCAGAUGUGUGCCCUGAAGGAAGUUGCUCCCAAGUAACAAUAAUGAUAAAGUGUGCAUUCUCCUCUGCUCUACUAGUACAGAGGAUGAUACUAUCAUUAUCAUUUUGACAGAGUCAAAUGUUUUAUAAGGAAAAGUUUGGUCUUUUCUUCUUCUUAUUCUUCAUAAUAAUAAUUUAAAGCCCAAUGUUUCAUGCAAAGACACACCUUAUCUUAUCUUACUGAUUUGGUUUUUGUUGUGGAGAAGUUACUAUUACAGUUCCAAAGCUA